AUGAUCGAGUCAACAAAGAACCCUUUGACGAGGGAAACCAAUGUGGGCGAGAAAUUGUGUUUUGAUAAAAAUGAAUUUUUGAAGACCAACUUUUCCGUGGAUGAAUUUUUACACAAGAAUCGUAAUGUCUCGAGCUUGGAACUACUGCGUGAUGACUUGGGAUUGUAUUUGAAAAGUCUACGCGCCUCCAUGAUUGAUUUAAUCAAUGAGGACUAUGAAGAUUUUGUUAGUUUGUCGGCAAAUCUGGUGGGACUGGAUCAGCUGAUUGAUACCAUUGAAAAGCCGCUGGAACAAUUUCGCGAAGAAAUACAGGGCAUUAAGACGAUGAUCGAUGAAAAUAUUUCAGAGAUACGACAAAAUUUAAAUGCCAAGGCAGAGCUACGGAAUACCCGGCGUAACUUACAAAGUCUUAAAAAGGUCUAUGAAACAACACACAAGCUGGAAGAUUUGCUGGCAAAUCAAUUAAAGGAUGAAACUAAAAUUGUGGAUUUGGAAAGGGCGGCCCUAGAUUUAGUCCAGCUGAAAUUCAAUGAAAAGUUCUGCAGUAAUUAUUUGAAUACAGAUCUACAGACAAAUAUACGGAAUCUAGAAUCGGAAGUUCAUAAAAAAUUGAGAGCCCUGCUGAAGGCCUCUGUGAAUAAGUCCAGUGCAAAUUGUUCGGAGCUAUUGGAACGUUGUCUAAGAAUCUAUUUAACCCUCGAUGCCUGCCAUGAGGCAGAGGUGGCCUUCAAAGAAGAUGUUGUGGCUCCAUAUAUGUCCGAUAUUAUAUCCGAACAUAGUCUGCAACAAACACCACAAGGACUGGCGGGUAUUUAUAGUAAAGUUCUCAACUUUAUAUCGCUGCAUAUGACCGAUUUGUUGCGGCUCACCCAAUACACCGAUAAGCUGAAGGGUUUCAAUUUUGUGGUUAAUAGUUUUUGGUCAGAUGUGGAGAUGCGUUUGGAAAAUCACAUGUCCUCGAUAUUUGCACCGGGCAACUCGGAGGUGUUCUAUGCAAAAUAUAAAUGUACUCAAGAUUUUCUGAGUAAAAUUGAAGAACUUCUAGCCAGUGCGGAGGCUAUUGAGGUGUUUCGCCAGCACAAGCAGACCAAGACAUUUCAGGGAAGAUGGAAUUUGCCGGUCUACUUUCAAAUAUGUUUUCAGGAAAUUGCUGGCAAAUUUGAAGCCAUAUUGGAACCACCCGUAUCCGAUGAUAUGCUAAACACAAAUAAAGACGAACACUUUCAAUUGAAACCCUUCACUAAAGCCCUACAAGCCAUAAACUCCUGUUGGUCUGAGGGUGUUUACCUCGCAGAACUUUUUCCCAAAUUCUAUAAACUUCAUGUCCAAAUACUAUUACGUCUAUCCCACUGGAUUCAGGUGGUCCUGAAGAGUAUAACAUCGAAGCAAACCUCUACAACUCAUUCGUUAAAAAUGAAAAAUACCAUCCUGCUAACAGCUUUACAUUCCGAUAUUAAUAAAUUGCUGAAAAUGCUUGCCACGCAAGAAAACGAAAUGGUCUUGGCCAAUUUGAAGUUGACAUCAAUGCAAAAAAUUCCACCAAAUCAAUUGGAACUUGUUAAAGAUGCUGUGACAAAAUCAUUUAAAGAUUUACAAUCGAAUUUCUCGGAAUAUUUGUUGGGAAUUCAGCGAGCCAUUGUCGAUAGUUUAAUUGUGGAAUGUGGUCCGGAUAAUGUGAAGCAAGUUAAUGAUUUGCCACGUCUUUAUCGUAAAACAAAUCGUGAAGUACCAACACGUUGUUCCACCUAUGUGGAACAAAUGCUGAAGCCAAUGAAAGUAUUUACCGAGGAAUACAAUGAAAAAUUGGAUAAAUCGACGGUGCAUAGUAUUUUGGAAUUGGUGCUAAACAAAAUCACAACAGAUUAUCUGGAGGCUGUUAAAGACGUCUUAACAUCUGUCCAAAAAACCGAAGAAUCUUUGCGCCGCCUCAGAAGUCUCAAAGGUGGAAAUGGCCAACAACAACAACCACCAGUAGUAGCUGGUGGUGCUGCGGGUGCGGCUUCUGCCAUGUCAGAUGAUGACAAAAUACGUUUACAAUUACGUGUGGAUGUAUCAUCAUGGACCAAUGAGCUAUCAAAAUUGGGUUUUAUGCCCACCGAAGUUGAGAAAUUAAUGGAAUUGAACAGCAUUGUUGAAGAAAGUAUUAAGGGAAAGUAGUCGAAAAGCUCCUCUGUUGGGGGUUAUCUGGAGGCUGUUAAAGACGUCUUAACAUCUGUCCAAAAAACCGAAGAAUCUUUGCGCCGCCUCAGAAGUCUCAAAGGUGGAAAUGGCCAACAACAACAACCACCAGUAGUAGCUGGUGGUGCUGCGGGUGCGGCUUCUGCCAUGUCAGAUGAUGACAAAAUACGUUUACAAUUACGUGUGGAUGUAUCAUCAUGGACCAAUGAGCUAUCAAAAUUGGGUUUUAUGCCCACCGAAGUUGAGAAAUUAAUGGAAUUGAACAGCAUUGUUGAAGAAAGUAUUAAGGGAAAGUAG